CUUCUGCUCUGCCCCACUAGGCGGAAGCAGGGCUCGGUCUUUACCUCCAUCAUCCUUAGUAGUAAGCAGGGGAAACAACCAUUGCGUAGUGCGGGGAAGCUUUCCCCCCAACCUGUGUGAUGAGUGUGGCAGGGCUCAGCUGUCCCUCCAGUGCAAUUGCAUGAAGACUGAAAUUCCAGGAAACGUUCUGGGUUUGGCUGUUGAUUUAUCUUAUGUUAUCCUCCUUCAUCCUGUGGAUAAUUCUUCUUUGGGACUAGUUAUUUUUUAACUUGCUUUCCCUGCAAACCAAACAGAGGGGCGUGCGUCUGCAAGAGGGAGCAGAAGUUAUUAAGAAGCUAGAUCUGUCUUUCUGAGUGAGCGGUACAGAGAAGGCUAUAUCUGCAGGAGGAAGCAGAAAGUUAUGUACUGUAGCUAGGUAAUGGUGUGCCCCUCUCUCUAAGUGAAGGGCAUUCUGUACAAAACACUGCAUCUCCAGGGAAAAGCAGAAAGUUAUACAGAAACUAGACCACUCUGUCUGCGUGUGUUGUGCAGAGCAGAUCAUGGCUGUGAGAGGGGAAAUAAGUAUUUACAAACUUCGGCUAGCACAUGCAUGUUCACUUCUGUAAAAGUUUUCCACAUGAAAAAGUGGUUUUUGGUUCCCCCAUCUCCCUUGGGUUAUGUGUGCUCAGAUUAGACUAAAGAUGCUUGAAUAAUAAAGAGAGGGUGGUUGUGUUUGCUUGGUAUAAAAAUGGGGCAUAAUGACCAUAUGUUUAAAGUUCUCAUUAUUGGAGAUGCCACGGUUGGGAAGACGUCGCUGGUCCAGCGAUAUGCCAACGACAGCUUCAACAAGCACUACAAAUCCACCGUGGGAGUGGAUUUUGCUCUGAAAGUGGUUCAGUGGUCAGAGUCCGAGACGGUGCGACUUCAGCUAUGGGACAUCGCAGGGCAGGAACGCUUCACAUCCAUGACCCGGCUGUACUACAGAGAGGCAUCGGCCUGCAUUAUCAUGUUUGAUGUCACUAACUUCAGCACGUUCAGCAACAGCCAGAGGUGGAAGCAGGAUUUGGACAGCAAGCUCACGCUGCCAGAUGGAAGCCCGGUGCCCUGCUUGCUGCUGGCUAAUAAGUGCGACCUUUCCUCAUGGGCAGUGACCAGGGAAGAGAUUGAUCGGUUCAGCAAAGGGAACGGUUUCUCUGGCUGGACUGAAACAUCUGUCAAGGAAAACAAGAAUAUUAACGAGUCUAUGAGAGUCCUUAUUGAAAAGAUGAUGGCGUCGUCCAUGGGUGAUGGAGACCUCUCUGUUUCUGGCCGCGGGGAUUAUAUUAACAUAAAAGAUGCUUCCCCACCUGGCUGGGGAUGCUGUUAGCUAUGCUUACUUCUCCGUCUGCAUCAGAGCAAAAGGGAAUGUCUUUUUCACUGAUAUUGGCUUUAUUAAGUGAUGAAUUGUCUCCUGUUCAGCACACACUGACUCUCAGUAAAGCAUUGCUGUCAAUGACUGUGGGAGAAUUCCUCUUUAUUCCAACACCGUGGCCACCUAAAGCUAUCUGCUGCUCUUAUCGUUUGGUUCAGCUGCAUGGUUUGGGUUAACACCUCUGAAGUAAGAGCGCUCCACUUACUUCUAUAACAAGUGACUGGACUUGAGGGGGAAAGGUAAUAUUUCAAUAUAUACCACUAACUCCCAGCUACACAUAGAGGAAUUGUUCCAGAAGGAACGGUUACAGUGACCUUCUUUGUUCUGAAAGUGAAGAUCUGGCGGUUUGCGUGUGUCUCCUGAUUCCUGACCUGGCGUUACAGUAACUCCUCGUUAUUUCACACUCUGGAUCUGUGUAUGACUAAUUUAUCUGUUGUGGAAAUGCCCAGGACUCUUUGUCAGCUGUGACAAUCACCCUUGGGUUGAAAGAGGACACUUGCGGGUAGCCAAAAUACCUAUUAGCAACCACUGUGGUGUUGCCUGAUCUGCAAAGUGGAUUGGUGUGAAUUUGGGAGAUUCUAUAGCACAGCUUUCAUGUGUGUACAUUGAUUGCAGUGCUUAGUUUGUCCCUGCCUUCUGCUCUGUCUCAAGAAUUGUCCAGUUGCCUUUUGCCAGUUAUCCCUUUUUGUCCCUCUACCCCGUACCUAUAACUCUUUUGAUGCCACUUUAUUAGGGCAUCCAGCGGUGAAUGAGAAAAAGGUUGUAAACCCUCUUGUGUUGUAGAACAACAGUACUCUUUGCUUUUAUAGCACCUUCCAUUCUGUGAUCUCAAAUAGCUUUACAAAUGCUGAUGAAUUACUUCCUUGCAACCAUUCUGCAGUGGUGAGUAAAGUCUUUGGUGGAAGUCAUGGUGUGGCUGACUGAAAGCCCAACUGCUGCUUUUAGUGAUCCUAGGAAAAGCAAAGAAAGGGACUUAACAGGUCAGAAGGAAAUAAUGGCGAAAACUCCUCUUUGCCCUUUUGAUGCCUGUUACUCUCCCUGCAUAUUCUACAUGUGAUCAUGGCUGCUGACUGACUUGUGGGGGAAAAAAAAAAAAAUUCAGAUUGUUUCAUAAAAGCACAUGUUUGGCAGUUUUCAAUAAAGGAGUUAAUAUGGAUCUCAGCCCAGUAAAGCAGUGGUUACAUGGAGUGGGAUGAAUUGAUGGAGUGGGUUUUUAAUCCUAACUUCAAAUAAGGGCAAAAUGAAUCCUCUGAAACAGGGGUGGCAUUUUUCUGUGGCAGAUUCAAUAAGAAGACUGGGGGAAGGAUAUUAAAGGGCUACUGUCAAAUAAGAGAGUGAUCUGAACACAGGACUGUCAGCCAGGAACAUAUGGGAUCUAUUGCUUGCUAUGGGAGUGUUCUUUUCUGUGGCCUUUAGUAAACUACUUCACCCUUCAUUUUAUAUAUAAAAAUGGGACUCAUUAUCCUACUACCACAAAGAGCUGAAGAUUAAUGAAUGCUUGUAAUGUACUUUGGACUUUAAAAGUUCUAUAUAAAUGAUGAGUGAUAAGAAAUUUAGGCCCAGCAUUUUGUUAAAGGAUAAAAUCCAUAUGAGAAUAGGACACAAGCAAAAUUCAAGGCUUUUGUUGUGUUAAAUGCAUUUAAAUAUUCCAUCACUGUGCAGUCAGGAUUCACAGUGAACCCAAACUGUGCAGAAGGUAUGUGAAAACUGGAAAGAGGAAAUAACCAGCAAAGAAGUGGAACUGACCAGUUUAAUUUUAUUGUCCAAACAAAGUAUAAUAUUAAAAAGAGGAGGGGGAUAGCUCAGUGGUUUAAGCAUUGGCCUGCUAAAUCCAGGGUUGUGAGUUCAAUCCUUGUGGGGGCCGCUUAGGGAUCUGGGGCAAAAUCAGUACUUGGUCCUGCUAGUGAAGGCAGGGGGCUGGACUCAAUGACCUUCCAGUUCUAAGAGAUAGGUCUAUCUCCAUAUACUAUUUUUUUAAGUAAACAGCCUAAAAUAUAAGUAAAUUGGAUUUUAAAAAUCCUAUUUCUAUUUUUAGAAGAUUAAAUAGGAAAAGUAAAAGGUCUUGUUUUUAAAAGGGUUGAUCUUGACAGCAUUCCUCUGAUGAUCAUAAUUAAUAAUACCUAGCACUCAGCAUCCAUAGAUCUCAAAGUGCUUUACUAGGGAGGUCACUAUUAACAUUCCUAUUUUACAGAUGGGAAACUGAUGCACAGGAAAGGAAGUGACUUGCCCAUAAUGGCACCGUAAGCUAAUAGCAGAGCCAGGAAUUGAACCCAGUUCUCCUGAGUUAAGUCCAGUGCCCUAUCCAGUAGGCUACAUUGCCUGGAGGAAUAGAUUUCAUCACUUGUGGUGAUGCGCUUUAACCUGAUAUUCAGCAGCAGCUCUACAGUGCCUGGGCCUCUUCAUUUUGCAUAAGUAACUGCCUCUCAAAAAUAAGCAAAAAGCUUGAAAUCCUUUAAAGGUUUCUCAUAUGCAAGACAUAAAGAUCUGCCCAAGAGCCAUGGAAUGUUGGUAUGUGCACAGGUUUGUGUUUUUGUUUUCACACAUUUCACACACUGUUUGGUAACUGCUCAAUAGGCGCAAUAGAAAAAAUAAGUGUCAAAAAUCAACCCAGUGCAACAAAGAAUGGUCUUUGCUUGAGAACUGUUUAAAAACUCAGCCAAACAGGAAAACAAUCUGACUGUGCAAAUGUGUGUUUUCAGAGCUGCCUCUCUGACACACAAGGCACUGAAAACAAAAAAGCAAGCUUGUUGUUAACCUCAGUUUAGUUCUUCUGCAAAACAAACUCGGGUUCAAAGGCCCCAUCUAAACUCAGGCUGUGCUAUGUUAGGCAAUCAGUCUUAAACAAUGCUUUGUGCAACUGUUUCUGCUAAUGUGAUUGUCCCGUCCAUGGUGGUUGGGAUACUUUAGCUUAAGUUUGUUGGGUGUUUUAAUGUGAGAACAAAGUUUCUAAAAAAAAAAAAAUAAUAAUAAUAAUAAUUAACUAAGUUAUGCCCCAUCUAUGCAGGCUUGUAUAGCUGUUCAGGCAGAAAUAUGGUAGGAAACUGUUUUUAAGCAAAGAGACUGGAUUUUCAUCUCAUCGGUGCUUAUUACAACUUUGUACUCUUUUUGCAUGAUUCUGUGCCAACUGACCUCUCUCUCUUUCCCCCACAUUAUUGCUUAAUGUCAGAGAUCUUUGGUCGGUAGCCAUGGGACUCAGAUUAUGUUAGAUUUAGUUACACAUUUUGUAAAUUGUGAAACUUGGAUUACUACAAAUCUACCAAUAACUAGAAAAUUUUACUGCAGUAAAACUUCCAGAUGAUGAGUACAGAAUACAAUUCAAAGGGCCAGUCAACCAUAUAAAAACUCUUGAGGUCUUUUGUUUUGUUUUUGUUUUUUUGUUGAAACUAUUUGCUGUUAUGCAUAGUCUUGCAAGGAUUUUUUUUUUAUAGACAAGAUUCUGGUUAGUGUUUCUUAAGUUACAGUAUUACUUUGUUUAUAUAAAAAGGAAAAAGCUGGUGAUUUCUUCUGUAACAAUCAGUAACCAAGGCAGUAUCACAAACAUUGAAACAAAUUUGUAAUAAAAAUUCUGACUUUUUUA